GCAGACCAAAAGUGCCGAGCAAAGGGACGCGGCUACUUUCCCUAUCUCUAUGUUCUUCUGUCCGCUGUCGCGCUUGUUUAACGUCAUAAGGUAGCGACCGUCUGCGUCGCUGAGGGAGAAGAGCCCUGUGGAGAUGCCUCCCAAAGGAAAAGGCGCCGGCAAAGGAGGAAAAGGAGGAGCAACGUCUGGAGGGGAUGCUGCUGAUAAGAAGGCCCAAGGCCCCAAAGGGGGUGGCAGCAGUGUGAAGGUGAGGCACAUUUUGUGUGAGAAGCACAGCAGAGCCCUUGAGGCCCUGGAGAAACUGAAGGCCGGCAUGCGCUUCAGUGAAGUUGCGUCCCAGUACAGCGAGGACAAAGCCAGGCAGGGGGGAGACUUGGGCUGGAUGAGCAGAGGUUCCAUGGUCGGCCCCUUCCAAGAGGCAGCCUUCGCCUUACCCGUCAGCAGCAUGGACAAACCUGUAUACACUGACCCUCCCGUCAAAACGAAGUUUGGCUACCACAUUAUCAUGGUUGAAGGGAGAAAAUAAAAAUUUCCUGCUCAAUC